AUGCAACCGGCCAUCCUACUUCUUGUCGUCACGUUUUCGACGAUUUGGGUCAGCACAGCUUCAGUGCCAAUUCAAGUUUACAAAGGAAUUGAGCCCGAGGUAAGAGCAGGAGAAUUUCGAUAAAAAAAACGCAUCUAAUUUCUAGGGCAUCGAUGUUGUGGUGGUUGGAACUCCACCAAGAAAUGUUGCCUUGCAACGUGUUGAUCAACAAGAGAACGAGGAUUGGAAUCAAGAACAAGAUUUGACUGAAGGUGGAAUGGGCAAACGAAGCAUCGCAUUGGGUAGAAGCGGAUUCCGUCCAGGAAAGCGUAGUGUAGAUUUAGACAUUGGGUUAGUUUCGGAAAAACACAUUUUCAAAAUUAAAUCAACUUUUACAGAAACCUUGUGAUGAAACGAUCAAUGGCAAUUGGCAGAAUCGGAUUGCGCCCAGGAAAGAGAUCAAUGAGUUUCGGACGUCUCAACUUCCGCCCCGGAAAACGCUCGAUGGCCUACGGACGUCAAGGUUUCCGCCCAGGAAAGAGAUCCAUCGAAUACCCAGACUUCCCAUACCAACCAAAUGGUCCAGAACUCAUUGUUUUGUAA